UUACUGAGUCUGUUGGAGCUCUGCUGACACAAGUUAUCGGAUUUUUCAAAGACAAUUAUUUCUCCGUUUGAGCUGCAAGUUGAUUUGCCCCAGGUGAUGAGUGUCAUGUCAGUCCUGUGUGUGAAUAUGGUGACAGCCAACAUGUUGCUGAGCCUCUUCUUUCUCUCAGGUGUUUUGGCUGAUUGUACUAAGUAUUCAGACCUCUUCAUCACUGCACCAAAGAAGAUGGAAGCACUGAGUGGAUCUUGUUUGCAAAUCCCAUGUAACUUUAGACCUAAAUCAGAACAAGAGUUUGACAGCAGCAGAGAAAUCUUUGGAGUGUGGAUUAAAAAUGACUCCAGGUUAAAAGAUUAUCCAAACAAUGUGAUUUUCAACAGCAGUAGGACAAAUAACAUCUAUCCAAUGAAGAUAACUGGAAACUUGAGAGAGAAAAACUGCACCACUUUAUUUUCCAGUUUGAUCACUAUUUACACAAACACAUACUACUUCAGGAUUGAGAGCAACUCAUUCAAGGCAACAGCUUCUUGUGAUCCUCUUCAAAUAACAGUUAAAGAUUCUCCUCGUCGCCCCACAAUUGAGAUCUCAGGUGAUCUGAAGGAGAAGGAGUCUGUCACUAUAACCUGCUCAGCUUUCACUCCCUGUCCACACUCCCCUCCUAAACUCACCUGGAAUCUCCAACAAGACUCUCACAACAAAAUAGAGGAAAACACAGAUGGAACCUUUACAACUAAAAUCCAGGAGACCAUCACUCUGUCAGAGCAACAUGAUGGAUACAACAUCAGCUGUUCUGCCACAUAUCCUGUGAAUGUAGGAAAAGAUGUCAAGACAGCAGAGGAGACAAAGACUCUCAGUGUUGCAUAUGCUCCUAAAGACACCUCAGUGUCCAUCAGCGCAUCAGCAGGUAGCUGGGUGAACCUGACCUGCUCCAGCAGAGCCAAGCCUCCCGUCAGCAGCUUCAGCUGGUUCAGGACCAGCAAAGAUGGACUGAUGAAAGUAGCUGAAGGACACUUUUACAGCUUUAAUGUGACAGAUGGAGGAGAUUAUUACUGUGUGGCCACAAAUGAUCUCGGUAACCAGACGUCGUCACAGAUCCAUUUGAAUGUUGCAGAUUCUCCUCGUCGCCCCACAAUUGAGAUCUCAGGUGAUCUGAAGGAGAAGGAGUCUGUCACUAUAACCUGCUCAGCUUUCACUCCCUGUCCACACUCCCCUCCUAAACUCACCUGGAAUCUCCAACAAGACUCUCACAACAAAAUAGAGGAAAACACAGAUGGAACCUUUACAACUAAAAUCCAGGAGACCAUCACUCUGUCAGAGCAACAUGAUGGAUACAACAUCAGCUGUUCUGCCACAUAUCCUGUGAAUGAAGGAAAAGAUGUCAAGACAGCAGAGGAGACAAAGACUCUCAGUGUUGCAUAUGCUCCUAAAGACACCUCAGUGUCCAUCAGUGCAUCAGCAGGUAGCUGGGUGAACCUGACCUGCUCCAGCAGAGCCAAGCCUCCCGUCAGCAGCUUCAGCUGGUUCAGGACCAGCAAAGAUGGACUGAUGAAAGUAGCUGAAGGACACUUUUACAGCUUUAAUGUGACAGAUGGAGGAGAUUAUUACUGUGUGGCCACAAAUGAUCUCGGUAACCAGACGUCGUCACAGAUCCAUUUGAAUGUUGCAGUUACAGAUGGAGGAGAUUAUUACUGUGUGGCCACAAAUGAUCUCGGUAACCAGACGUCGUCACAGAUUCCCUUGAAUGUUGCAGAGAACUCUGUAGUAUUGGGUCCAGCUCUUGGAGGGAUUAUCGUCACUUCAAUCAUUUUCAUCAUCUGCCUUGCAGUCUGUGUUUGGCAUUUUAAGUUGAAACAAACUCGACAACAGACUCAGAGUCAAAGAGACGACGAGCUGGCUCCUCAGCUACCACCCAGCGUAGCAGAGGAAAACAUCCACUAUGGAGAGAUCGACUUCUCCAAGCGCAGACCUGAACCGUCCUCUGACUCAGUGCAGGACAGUGGACAGCAGCAGGACACAGUGUAUGCACAGGUCAAUGUGUCCAAGCCAGCAAACACCUCCAGACACACUGCUGACGGGCCAGAGGAUCUCUACGCUCAAGUGAAGAAAAAAUGAGUAUUGUCUUGAGAUUCUUGGAUUCAUAAUAUAGAUUCAUUUGUUACGUAUGCAAGAUGUUUUAUGUCAGUUAAUGCAGAAAAGACACUGGAGCCUAGAUAAGAACAUGUCAUCUUCACUGCCUACAGUUAAAUAAAGGGAAGCUCUAAACCUCCACACCCUGCAGCUCAGAUAGUGUAAGAUUACGAUGAGUAGUUCAAUAGAUCUAUUAAAUCCUGAAAAAAAACACAUGUUCACCAUUAACUAAAUUAAUGCGCUAUAGCCUGUAUCUCAAAAUGAGUGGCACUGGCACCAGCUGGUUGCAGAAACCUGAAUAUUACAAAUUAUCUUAUUUAAUUUACACAAUAAAUAUAUUUCAGUAUCAAAAUUUUAAGUGAAUUGCAUAUAUUUGCAUUUAAGUACUGUAUAUACUGCUUAACAUGGCUUAUCAGAUCUGAAAUUCAGCAUUUUAAUUAUUAUAAUAUCCAAAAAAAAAAUUUCUUAUUCUGAUAAAAUAAACGCAUUUAAACUUUGCUGCUUGCUCUGCUGCAGCUGGUACUCUGUAAAGUUAUUAGUAACUAAAGGUAUAGAAUCAAUGUAGUGGAGUAGAAAGUAGGAUAUUUGUCACCAAAAUGUAGUGGAGAGGAACUAUACGGUAGCAGAAAAUGGAAACACUCAAGCUAAUACCUAGAAAUAGUACUCAAGUAAAGUAUUGGAGUUAAUGUAUUUAGUUUCAUUCCAUCAUUGUUUCAAACCAGUUUAAAGCAUCUAGAAGACACUUGAACUAAUCAUUUACAAUUCACAUCUAUAAUUUAUUAUGACUGUUGAUAUGGAGCAACAAACCAAAGAAAACAAAAUUUCAAAACGUGCUACAGAUGUGGUUUUCAUAGAAAGUGAGGACUGAUGAACAUUUCAUUGUAAAUUAUUGUAUAUUCAAAAGUGCAAAA